UCAGCGUGGGGCGGGGGUGGUAGGGGGACCAGGAGGUUGGAGGUGUUGGGAUUGGGCAGUGUUCCAGGUGCUUGUGCUGGCCUGGGAGAGGGACGCGCGGAGACCCUUGCCCCGGGCUCACGCAGCCGCCUUUCUCCGCCGCCUGUCUCCGCGCGGGGCCCGGUUCUGGCUCUUCGCCCCACACUCAGGUGACUCAAAAUGCCCUUCAAUGACGAGAAGCAGUGCAUGGGCGAGGACCAGCCCAGCGACACCGACUCUUCCCGGUUGUCCGAAAGCACAGCCUCGCUCAGCGACUACGAGUGCUCCAGGCGGAGCUUUACCAGCGACUCCUCCAGCAAGUCCAGCUCUCCGGCUUCCAGCCCUCCCAGGGUUGUAACCCUUGACGAAGUGAUGGCCACGGCGAAGAACUUAGUCAACUUGACUCUUGCUCAUGAGAUUGCUGUCAAUGAGAACUUUCAGGUGAAACAUGCUGACCUCCCUGAGAACAGCUUGGCCAGCCGAGUGAAAAGCAUCGUCCACCAGGCCUACUGGGACGUCUUGGAAUCAGAACUGAAUGCUGAGCCUCCCGAGUACGACCACGCCAUCAAACUGUUUGAAGAAAUCAGAGAGAUUCUUCUCUCUUUUCUGACUCCUGGUGGUGGGAACCGGCUGCGCAACCAGAUCUGUGAGGUUUUGGACACAGACCUCAUCAGGCAGCAGGCCGAGCACAGCGCGGUCGACAUCCCCGGCCUGGCCAGCUAUAUCAUCAGCACGAUGGGGAAGCUGUGCGCUCCCGUGAGGGACGACGACGUCAGAAAGCUGAAGGCUACGGGCAACAUCGUGGAGGUGCUGAGACAAAUAUUUCAAGUCCUGGAACUCAUGAGUAUGGACAUGGCCAAUUUUCUAAUUCGGAGUUUUAGACCACAUUUUCAACGCCAGCUGGUGGAUUAUGAGAGAAGCAAGUUCCAGGAAAUUUUAGAAGAAACUCCAAGUGCUCUUGAUAAAACUACACAGUGGAUAGAAGAAUCUGUAAAUGAAGAAUUACUUUCUCUUUCUGAGACCGCUUUAACUCCUGGGGCUGAAAGCAGCUCUAAGCCAAGCCUGAGCCCUACACUGGUGCUAAAUAACAGUUACUUGAAACUGUUGCAGUGGGAUUAUCAGAACAAAGUAUUUCCAGAGACACUGAUUACAGAAGAAGCGCGUCUUCAGGAACUGACAGAAAAGCUGAAUCAAUUGAAAAUUAUUGCCUGCCUGUCCCUCAUCACCAGCAACACGGUGGGCGCCGUCACCGAAGGCCUCCCUGAGCUUGCGGGCAGGUUAAAGAGGAUUUCGGCUGUUUUACUUGAAGGCAUGUGUGGAAAGACCUUUAACUUGAAGGAAGCCCUGCAUUCCAUCGGUGUUAAGAGUUGUGCUGAGAUCAACAAGACCCUGGUGGAGAGAGGCUUGCCCACGUUAAGUGCUGAGGUUCAAGCUAACCUUACAGGUCAAUUUUCAAGCAUUGAAAAGGAGGACAGUCCCAUCCGGUCUUUGAUUGAUAAACGAAUCCAGCUAUACCUGAAGAGCCUACUCUGUCUUCCAAGCCCGAAACAGUGCUUGCCUCCCAUGCCCGGAGGCCUGGCUGCCGUUCAGCAGGAGCUGGAAGUGCUGGGCUGUCAGUACGCAAACAUCGUGAAUCUCAACAAACAGGUGUAUGGGCCGUUUUAUGCGACCAUACUUCGGAAGCUGCUCUUCGGCGAGGAAGCCGUGGGGAAGACAGACGCUUCGUCUUCCACUAACUAACGAGGAACUGACACUGGAGAAGAGGCCGGAAAUCCGGCGCUUCCGCGUGGCGUCUGUUUCCAGCGAUGGCAUUUCCGAUGGGGCACAUUCUCAGUCCUGUCCGCGGUGCGGUGUUACCCGGAUCCGUAUAACCCAGAAAUAUCAGUUGCAAAAGACACACAAACCACACAGGCCCAUACAUCAUUCUCUUUCUCUUUUUUACUUGUCCGGAGGUAACUGGCAGCAAUGGCGAAGUUGAGUCAUGCUGCCAAUUCGUAAUUAAUUAUAUGACCUUGUAGUACUUGUAAAUGUUUUGUUAAACAUUUAUAUUUGGCUUAUACGUUCAACCCUUCAGGAGUUGUAUUUCCUCAUUUAUCACCGUCAAAUCUAAUGAUUUUUAAUUUUGGUACAACUUAAAGGGUCGAAAAGUUGUGAGAAUAACUAAGGAGACUGAUGUUCUAAAUACAUGAUGUGAUGUAAGCAUAACUAUGUUUGAGAUGUACAGUUAAAAAAAAGAAAUGUGCAAUGAAAUUGUCUUGAUGUGUAAAACAGACUUACAUAGUAAGUCCUAAAAUUCCACAAAUGUACCAGCUCAAAAUUUAUAAUACCAAUCGUCAGUAUUUGUGUAGAAUUUAAACUUAUUAAAUAUAUUUUAAAGCUAUAUGCACAUUUUAGAUAAAACCUCCCUUAUUCAUGUAGUGAAAACAGAAACAAAUCCCUUCUAAAACUUUAUCCGGGAGGUUGGUUUGUCCUCGCAAUUUAUCCUGCUCUCUGAGAGAAACAUUUUUUGCACAAAUCUCUUAGUGAAUGUCUUUGCAUUUCUCAGGCCAUUGGUAAGGUUUAUAUAAAAUUUUAAUAUUUUUACAUAAGGCAGGAAUGGUCUGAAUUGGUUUACUUGUAAGAAGAGGGGAAGUUUAAGAAGAAAACAAGGUGCCCAGGAGAUCCCCAUUCUCAGUAAAGUUCAUAAAACAGUAGUUAAACUUUGGAUUUUUUAACCACAUAACUUGCUAGCAAAUGCCUUCUGUGCCGGUUAGAUGCUUGCGCCCUGCUCCAACCAUGGCGCUCUUCGAAGCGUCGUCAUCAUUUCACGUUCUGGAGCACGACAUCAGACUCUGCUCCGCUGACUCUGGUUGUCAGAGGAUUUUAGAGGAGUCUGCUCGUCCUAGAAUUGUUGCCUACUACUUCGGAAGUAUUAAGGGAAGUGUCAGUUUGGGCAGACUCAGUCUAGAAAGUGCUUUCUCUGCAUAAAACAUUUCUGAUGGUUUUGUUUUCUGAGGGCUCCUUGAACCUCAGUAGGUUGCUGGGGAAGAGUGGGCAGGAAAGUAAAAGUUCCCCAUCCUCCCCCACGCCCCCCCUGUGAUAGCGCUCCUCCUUCAUGAAGCAGAGCUCUUAACUAAUGAUGGUGUGAAUAAAUUACCUCCAGUCUGCACGUUCUGGAGGCAUCUGCCAAAUUUCGAGGAAAUUUUGAAAGGCGAUUUUCCUUUUCUCACACGACCAAAUACGUAAAGCAGCCAUUCUGUCCCUUGAAGCUGGUGGGCGUGUGAAUGGACACUUGCUGAAGAGCGCAUCGCGGCCUCGCCCUCCCCCUUCCUGUGCUCCCAUUCUGCCCGUGCUUCUCUGUGCUCAGAAACCACACGGUGCUGUAGACUUUUGUUUUCAUUUUCUCUUAAGCUGAAGAAGCUUUCAACUUCGUUCACUUCGGGGCCUGAGCGGCAAGGAGGGUCUCAGAGCAUUGUGUGAAUUCUUGUGUUGCUUUCUGAGGUGAGCUGUGUACUUGACAGGAAGGCCAGGUGCACUUUUUAAUGAUCGAUCAGAUUGCAGUCCAGCUGGUAUUCUUACAUACUUGACUACACCGCAGUUGCCAGCGGGAAAACAACGCGCAAACAUUUUUUUAAAAUGCAUUUUAAAUGAAGGGCAUUCUGCUUUUUUUAAGUGGCAAAGUAAAUCUCAAUGUCUUGAGUCUGGAUUUAGGCAACUACAUUAUUAGGAUUUUUUACAUCAUAUCCCGUAGCACGUUGUCUAAUCUGGUUUUUACCUAAAUGUUUACUUCUACUUUUAAGGUUUUCUUAACAUGGUCUUCUUUUGUAACGUCAAUUUGAUUGAGCACCAUACACAUAUUUUCAUUCUUCUACUGCUAAAACAUGUUGUGUGUACUGUUAAAUUUUAAGCAUUAAAUAUUAUUUCAACAUA